AACCAAAUAGACCAGAAAAUGAAGCAUUUACUUGGUUGUGCUAUCUCAAUGGAAAAGUAUAAAGCCAAUAUAGCCAUGCUCCUCACACAAAUGUUUUUUGCAGGCAUGGCUUUGUUUUCUAAAGCUGCAAUAUCUGAAGGCAUGAACCCUUAUGUUUUUGUUACUUAUCGUCAAGCAUUUGCUGUCCUCGCGUUGGCCCCACUCGCUGCCUUCUUCGAGAGAAAGACUGUGGUCCCUUUAUCCUACAACAUCCUGUUGAAGAUCUUACUGAUGUCAUUUCUUAGCACUCUAAGUUUGAAUCUCUACUACUUCUCCAUACACUAUACAACAGCAACCUUUGCUGCAGCCACCACUAACAUAAUUCCAUCCAUAACUUUUGUUAUGGCAGUUAUCCUAAGGGUGGAGACUCUAUCAAUAAAGCAGUCACAUGGAAUGGCAAAAGUAUUGGGUUCUUCAGUUUGUGUUUCAGGAGCUUUGGUUUUUGCCUUAGUUAAAGGGCCACAUUUAAACUUCAUGAACUGGUCUAUGGGAAAAACAAAGGGAACUCAUACCUCAAAUUUUCAUUAUACUUUGAAGGAAGAAUGGGUAAAAGGUUCACUAGUCAUGCUUUUAGCUAACAUAACAUGGUCUCUGUGGCUCAUUUUACAGGUCCCUAUUAUAAAACAAUAUUCGGCAAAGCUACGUCUUGCCACCCUAUACUGCUUGUUUAGCUGCAUACAAUCAUCAGUUUGGGCAAUGGCAAUGGAAAGGAAGAUAUCAGCAUGGAAGCUCAAAUGGGACAUCAAUCUUUUUUCAGUGGCUUACUGUGGUGUGAUUGUUACAGGGAUAACAUACUGGUUACAGCUUUGGGCAGUAGAGAAGAAAGGACCAGUAUUCACAGCCAUGUUCACUCCAUUAGCACUUAUCAUAACUGCUAUAGUGUCAGCAUUUUUGUGGAAGGAGACACUUUAUAUUGGAAGUGUUUGUGGAGGAAUAUUGCUAGUUGGUGGACUCUACUUGGUCCUAUGGGGAAAGAAUAGAGAAGCAGAGAGGGAAGUAAAUAAAGAUCAAAUACUGGAAACCAAGGAUGGAACCACAGUGGAAUGCAUUACAUUGCAUUCUACAUCAGUAAUUUGAUAGGACAGUAUUAGGUUUUUACACUUAUUUUCCAAAAAGCAUGUCCACUAACAAGCAUGGACUGUCCAAU